UUUCCCGGAGCAUGGAGGAGAGUGCUUAAAUGAGCCUGUUAAGAAGGGGGUGAGUAUAUAAAGGCUAACUGGGACAAGCUGACGCUCAGACCGGUGGAACUCUGCUCAUCUUAAAGCACACUUCCUAAAACAACUGUCCAAAGCUGACACACCCCGACGGAGCAGAAUGAGCAUGCGUGGAGCAGUGGCUGGUUGCUUGGUGUUGGCGUGCCUGGUGGCGCUGCUGGCUGAGAGGACUGAGGGACACAUCACCUUCUUCAGUCCAAAGGAGAUGAUGCUGAUGAAGGAGAGAGAAGGUAGAAAGGACAUGGAGCCUCGAUCGAACGGUCAGUUUGAAGAGGAUGCAGUCCAACAGCUUUCUCGGGUGGAACGUGGUGAAAAUCCUGAUGAAACAGUGGAGAUUGGCGUCCGACUUUCACCCAAACAGCUAGAUCAUGUGGCUCUGGUGCUCAAAGAGAUCAUCCAUGAGAUAGUGGAGGAACAUCAGAAAGCCAAGUAGCGAAGCCGAGGACACCAUGUGAUGAACGCUGUACAAAUUCUUCAAAAAGCACCGAAUGCCAAAUGUUUUAUUGUGUUUUAAUUAAUCAGUAAAUAAAGAGAAGUGAUUGUGCCACUUA